GCCCGGAUCCGGAUCUGCGGUGGCUUGCAGCUCGGGUGUGCGAGUGCCGGGGAGAUGGCCACGGGGACAGACCAGGUGGUGGGACUCGGCCUCGUCGCCGUUAGCCUGAUCAUCUUCACUUACUACACCGCCUGGGUGAUUCUCUUGCCAUUCAUCGACAGCCAGCAUGUCAUCCACAAGUACUUCCUGCCCCGAGCCUAUGCUGUCGCCAUCCCUCUGGCUGCCGGCCUCAUGCUGCUCCUGUUUGUGGGACUGUUCAUCACCUACGUGAUGCUGAAGAACCAGAAAGUGACCAAAAAGGUUCAGUGAAGGCCCAGCAGGGCUGAGGCUGCUGGCCCUUCCUCUGCCUCCCCUCCAAAGGUGGGGUGCAUAGGACCCAUCCAGGCACUGCAGCCCCCUCCAGCCUGGCUGCCCUGCAGACAUCCCCGUGGGAUGGAGCUGCUUGGGACGUACGACACAGGCCUGCUCCUUCCCUGCUCAACCUUCCAGAAGCCAGGAGGGAGGAUUACCUGGAAGCCUCCCCCUCACCCCUUUCUGGCUCAGGGCCUGAAAGAUGCCGGUCAUCCCUACCUCACCUUCAGACUCCCUGUUGCCUUCUCCCCUGGGUUCUACCCUUGUUUCAGUUUCCUUCCUGUCACCUGCUGAUGUUGGACUUGGUAGGUUCCAAGCAUCAUGCGACCUUUCCCCACAUGUCCUGCUCCUCCUCGGAGACAGCUUUCCCAGGUCUGACAUAGCCCCAGGCCCCACAAAGCCUAAGGGGAGAACUGACAGGCUCUGGGGUUACCCCCAGGCCUCAGGGUCCAUUAGGAUGGCCACAGUGGGCCCCCAGACCAACUGCUUCUCAUAGAGGCCCAGCCCCCCAGCCC